AUGGGGGCCUCUUACAGUUGUAGGUCAUCUAUAAAACCUCCUUCCUGUGGUUCUCUUUUUCUUGUGGGAACUUUGCUUCUGUCUCUGAUUAUGACUGCGUAUGCUUGCCCUAAUAUCUGUCACUGCACGGACAGGAACGGCGUGGUGGUGCAGUGCACCUCACGCAACUUAGAGAACAUCCCACCGAACUUGCCCAAGGACACUGUUGUUCUUUUGCUUUCAUCUAACCGAAUCAGACACAUCCCAAAGGAGACCUUCACAGACCUCCACCGCCUCAGGGAACUAGACUUAUCUCACAAUGCCAUUGAGAGCAUGGAGGUCGGUGCCUUCCAAGGAAUUUCUGACAGCCUGCGGACGUUGGAUCUUUCAAACAACCACCUCAGCAGCCUCCCCAAGGACACCUUUGCCAAGCUCCAUGCCCGCGUGCGAUUAUCCCACAACCCCUGGCACUGCGAGUGCUCUCUGCAGGAGGUGCUGAGGGAGCUGAGGCUCGACCCCGACACGGUGAACGACGUCAGCUGCUACACAUCGGUGCAGGAGGAGUACGUGGGACAGCCAGUAAUCCAAGUCCUGGACUCGGGCAUCAACUUUUGCAACUUCCACCACAAGACAACAGAUGUGGCCAUGUUCGUGGCCAUGUUCUGCUGGUUCUCCAUGGUGACGGCUUAUAUCAUUUACUACAUCAGACACAACCAGGAGGACGCCAGGAGGCACAUGGAGUACCUCAAGUCCCUGCCUAGCACUUCCCACAUUAGCAAGGCCUACGACACAGCCAGCAGUGUGUUUUAG